AAAGGUCCUGCUGCACAUGGCUUUGAAUGCCUGUAUGGAGAGUGAUCACCAUGUGGGAUUCGGAGAGUGAGAUGAGCAAGAUGCAAUGGAGGACAGAUGGCAUGGGGUGUGGAAGCCAAAAAGCCAUGGCAGAACCAUUCUAACCCCUCCUCAUAAACAAUCUAUCCAGAAAGAAAGUUAUUAUAGGAAGAAAUGUGGACAACUGGUCAUAGAGUCACAGAGGGGACAGGGUGUUGCUUGGAGGUCCCAGGUGUAUCAACCAAUGGAUUACAUAGCGAUGGAGGAAGCUGUGUUUAUUGGCCUCACUGAGAACAGAAGAAUGAAAGAUUUAAGGGUGGUAGAGACCUUCAAAAGCCUUCAAAUCCAUGUUUUCAGCCUUCACUCUCCCUUAACCUUAAACAGAGAGCUGUUUUUCCUGAACUUCAAGCUCACAGCAGACCAUAGGCAUCAAAGGAGAUCUGCCUUUAAGAGUGAAAAUAUGUCCAGUGUCCUGCCGUGGCCUCCUGUUUUUGGAGGGGGUACAGAACUGAGACACCACUCUGGAGGCCUGUCCCUUAAUCACAGUGAAGACAUCUUGAGAAAGUACCUAGGGCGCGGGGAGCAUUGUAACAGUGCUGGCUGUGCUGCUGCUCGCAGGGUGCUCCAGUGGUCCCCAGUUUUGGCUUUCACCCAGAGGCUGCCUCCUGCUCUGCCUGGGCAAGGUGGGAAAAACGAUGGAGCAGAGCCCCUGAAGAGAUUUGGCUGGUCCAGCACUGCCCUCCAGUGGUCAAAGCGGCCACAUCCCUCUUCUCCGCAUUGUCGUUUUCACGGUGGAGCUGAAGUCCCGGCGCCGGUGAAACAGAAACCCCAGAGCUGUGGAUCUUCGUGGGUUCCCUGCUGCAGCAGAGGGUCCCGCUUCCGGACAUCCGCCUGGACCACCCUGGUCCCUGUAGCCUAGGGACUCUGCUCCAGCUGUUGGCUACUCUCCCCAGGUCAGAAGACAAAGGGAGACAGAGGGGAAUCUCCUGGAAUCCUGUUCACUGAUCUGUAAUAGAUUUCUUCCCCUUCUCCAUAUUGCUGUUCAUUCAUUGGGUUGACGUGUCAUUCAUUUAUUUAUUCAAGAAACACAUGCUGUUCUAGCAUGAGGGUUCUAGAAAUGAAUCCACAAGAAGUUCUAAGUUUCCACACCAGCUUGAAACUGAACCAGAGCUUCGUAGAACAGAGACAAGCUAAAAUCACUGUCACUUUGGUCUCCAUAUUACGUUGCCUCAUUUAAGUACCUGUUGGUUCUUUAUUGCUUUUAGAUAUUUGCCCAUGUGGUCCACCCCUUUUCCCUGCUCCCCCAGGACCACUUCAGACAGAACACAGCCCCAACUGUCCCUGCUGCCUGUUCUCACAAUCCCAUCAUACUUGCACCUCUGGGGCUGACUCUGGGGGUGACAGGGCCGGUUCGCAGGACUGCCGGUUGGCAGGAUGGACUGAGAGGACACUUCAUUUGUCAUGUGGGAACAGAAAGUCUAAAAAUAAACAUUGAAAGGACCCUUU